AUGGAACCCCUGCCAGCCAACUCUUCCUUGCUGGAGCCACCAGGCAACGGCUCUUUGUCCGAGGGAGGCGAGGCCGCUGCGGCCCUGGGAGGGGUGCUGAGUCUGAUGUGUGCCACCGGGGUGGCCGGCAACCUCUACGCGCUGGCGGUCGUGCGGGCCUCUCCCGCGGCCUCCUCGCUGCGCACGCACCUGGUCAACCUGGCGCUGGCGGACCUGCUGUACCUGUCCACGGCCCCCUUCAUCGUCCACAACGGCCUGGUCAAGGACUGGUCCUUCGGCGAGGCGGGCUGCCGGAUCCUCCUGAGUCUGGACCUGCUCACGAUGCACGCCAGCAUCUUCCUGCUCACGCUGAUGAGCUGCGAGCGCUACACCGCGGUGGCGCGCCCCUUCCAGGCCGCCCGCCGGGCACGACGGUGCCGCCGGCCCCUGGCCGCGGCCAUUUGGCUCCUCUCCUUUGCCCUGGCCCUGCCCAUGAUGGUGAUGAUCCACCAGGAGGAGCGCGUGCUGGGGGAGGCGGGAGAGGUCGUUCGGCACCUCUGCUCCCCAACCUGGAGCGAGGAGCAGUACAGGCUGUACCUGAGCAUCCUCUUCAGCACCAGCAUCGUGGCGCCCGGACUGGUCAUCGGGGCCCUCUACUGGCGCCUGGCCAGGACCUACUGGCUGUCGCAGACCCGCAGCGGCUUGGGCCACUCCCCCAAGAGCCGGGUUUUCCUCCUCAUCCUCGUCAUCGUCCUGGCCUUCUGGGCCUGCUACUUGCCCUUCUGGAUCUGGCAGCUGCUGCCCCUUUACUGCCCAUCCGCAGCCCGCCUGCCAGUCCACACGGAGAUCUCCAUCAACCACCUGGUGACCUGCUUGACCUACGGCAACAGCUGCAUCAACCCCUUCCUCUACACCCUGCUCACGCGCAACUACCGCGAGUACCUGCAGGCUCGCCAGAGGGGGGCGGCAUGUGCGUCCCUGAGAUGCCUCCGAAGGCGCGAAGGUGCGGAGGACAUCUGA